GGCUUGAUAUCGAAGACACCUCAGGCAGAAACGCCAAUCUUAUCCCGCAUCUCACUUCGGCCACCUCCCUUGAACAAACUAUGCAAAUCGCAAGAUAUAAACAAAAUCGAAAUGGUGGAUAAACCUCCGUUCCCCGACUCUGACGGGUCCUCCGACUUUGACGAAGACACCUCCACCCUCCCAUUCCCAGAACCCCUCUCACGCGCCUCCUUUCUAACCCCCGACUUCGACCCAGCGCAAUACCUCUCCUCCCUCCAAAACCGUCAUCAAAGCCUCGAAGACCUGCGCCAGGAACUGCGCGACCUAGAUCAAUUGCUCAGCAGGGAAUUACUCGAUCUCGUCAACGAGAACUACCAGGAUUUCCUAUCGCUCGGAAACGCGCUGCACGGUGGGGAGGAAAAGGCAGAGGAAGUUCGCGUAGGACUGUUGGCGUUUCAGCGGGAUGUGAAUGCGAUCAGGGAUAAGGUCGAGGCUCGACAGGUUGAGGUAGAAGGAUUAUUGGGGGAGAAGAAGCAGCUGAGGAAGGAUGCGAAUGUUGGGCAGGCAUUGUUGGAUGUUGCGGAGAGGAUUGAGGAGUUAGAGCAGAGGUUGAUGAUUGGGGAGAAGAAUAGCCAGGGUCCCCGCGAAGAGUCGGAUGAGUCGGAUGGCUUCCUGGAAGAGAGUGAUGAGAGUGAGAGUGAUGAUGGGCAGGCCCGCCAGGGCACUGCGGCUGCCGUCUCGCUGAAGCGACUUGAGCAUCAUAUCCAGAAAUACGUCGCCGUCACACGGUUAUCUGCGCGCAUUGGGGAUGAUCACCCAUUUCUGCUCAGCCAACAACCGCGGGUAAAUAAGAUCCGAUCCGCUGUGCUCCACGACCUUAAGACAGCUCUUGAGCAGGCUAAGAAUGCUGGCGAGAAACGUGAUUCGAAGAUGUUAUCGGUUCUGGGUCUCUACAAGCUGAUGGGCGAAGAUCCCAGCGCAAUCACUGCGCUGAAGAAUCUCAAGUUAUAGACUGCGCCAUGGUCCGAGUUCCUUGCAUAGCGGUGGCGUUUGGGUUCUAGCUUCUUUUCAUUUUCAUGUCUCAUCCAUAGACAGGUAUAUAUCGCAAAAACUCAUUACCGUGAUACACCGUUCCCUUUCCUAAAAUGACAUAAUUUGUACACGAAUGAAAUUGUCAGACAUGAAAGACUAUUUUACACGCCACGCAAAGCCGUGGUAUCUGGCGAGUCAUCCGACUUGAACUCGCCAUUCAAGCUGAAGCCAGCACCGUGCGUCGAACUCAGCACCUAAUUAAUAU